UCAACGGCCGUCGUUCGAAAGGACCAUGAACGUUGCCUCCGCCCACCCUUUGCAGUCCGCCCUCCUCUGCCUCCUCCGCCAGCGCAAGCGCAUCCGAUCCUUCGACCAAAUCCACGCUCUGCUCCUCACGUCCGGCGUCACCAAGGACUCCUUCGUGGCCGCCGAGGUCGCCGCCCUUCUUCCUGCUUUUGUGGCUCCUCCCGCGGCCUACUCAGCCGUCAAGCACAUCCACGGCGUCCGCCGCUACCAGUUCCCCCUGCUCUUCAACUCUUUGAUCUCCGGCUAUGCCAGGAGCAAGCACCCACACCUGGGCAUCGUCGCGUAUAAGCUUAUGCUCGCUGACAGCGUCUUUCCCGAUAGGUACACCUUCCCGAUCGUUCUGAAAUCUUGCAUCAAGUUCUCGGGGAUCGGCGAAGCCAGGCAGCUUCAAGGUGCCGCAGUUAAGCUGCGGUUCUCGUGCGAUCUGUUUGUCCAGAAUGCACUUGUUCACGUAUAUGCAGUGUGUGAGGAAUAUGGUGAUGCAGGUCUCCUGUUUGACGAAAUGCCCAUUAAAGACGUGGUCUCCUGGACCAGCUUGAUCUCGGGAUAUGUGAAAGGUGGAUUAUUCGGAAAAGCUCUGCAAUUGUUUUCUCUGAUGGAUGUGGAGCCGAACAUUGCAACUCUAGUUAGCAUCAUCGUCGCCUGUGGGAGAUUGGGGGCUUUGAAUGUGGGCAGGGCAAUACAUGCAUUGAUAUUGAAGCAUGACUAUGGGUUGAGUCUGGUUGCUGGAAAUGCCCUUUUGGAUAUGUACUUGAAGUGCGAGUGUUUGGAGGAGGCCAGACAGAUCUUUGAUGAACUUCCUGAAAGGGACAUAGUUUCAUGGACUAGUUUUAUUAGUGGGUUAGUGCAAUGCAAGCUUCCCAAGGAAGCUAUGGAUGUUUUCAAUUCCAUGCAGGCUUCUGGAGUGGAGCCAGACAAUGUCACUCUAUGUAGUGUUCUGUCAGCUUGUGCGAGCUUGGGGGCAUUGUCUUCUGGGAGAUGGGUCCAUGAGUACAUAGAGCGAAAGGGCAUUCAGUGGGAUGUUCAUCUAGGGACCGCAAUGGUUGACAUGUACUCUAAGUGUGGAUGCGUAGAUAUGGCAGUGCACAGCUUUCAUGAGAUGCCACAUAAGAAUGUUACCUCGUGGAAUGCAUUGCUUGGUGCCCUAGCCACUCAUGGUCAUGGUAAUGAAGCUCUCAAGUACUUCGAACAAAUGGCGGGAGUUGGUGUCAUUCCUAAUGAGGUUACCUUUGUAGCUAUUCUUUGUGCAUGUUGUCAUUCCGGCUUAGUAAAAGAGGGUUGUCAUAUGUUUGAUUUGAUGACUAAAUCCUACAAACUUGUGCCAUGGAUAGAACACUAUGGAUGCAUGGUUGAUUUGCUUGGUAGAGCUGGGUUCAUAUCAGAAGCUUAUGGACUUGUUAGAUCCAUGCCAAUUAGAGCUGACACUUAUGUAUGGGGAGCUUUACUGAGCGCUUGCAAAGCUCAUGGAAAUGUGGAACUUUCUCAAGAAAUCUUAUGCCACCUUCUUGAGCUGGAGCCUUCUGACAGCGGCGUGUAUGUGCUCCUCUCUAACAUAUUUGCUGCAGAUUGUAGGUGGGCAGAUGUAACAAGGGUGAGGAGGCUGAUGAGGCAGAGAAGUGUAAAGAAAGAAACAGGAACCAGUAUUGUCGAGGUGAAUGGUGAAGCUCAUGAGUUUAUAGUUGGAGAGUUUCUCCACCCAUUGAAGGAGGACAUUUUGCUAGCCUUGUGUACUCUAGAUAAACAAUUGCAACAUGGUGAACUAUAGCAGGGAUUCAAAACUAGUGGAAGGUGGUGCAGGCUCUCGAAAACUCUUUCCAGGUUUGACUCAAGUAACUUGCACCUUCAGCACAACAAGGGCAACAGAAGAUAAACAGAGCUCACAGUCGACUAUAUUCCACGAAUGUAUCAUGGUUCAAGUCUGCUGAUAUAAGCAUUCAAAAGAAAGAAGAUAAGCACAAAGUUAUGUCUACUGAAGCUGGAAGUCCUGUAAAAAAUUUAUGCAAGUGGGAGUUGAUGGGUUAUUGAAAGUUGGGCAAUCGACAAGCUGAUGUCCCAAAUAUUUGGGUAUGCAUUGCCAGGAAAGAAGGAUGCAGUGCUAUAAGGGCAUGAUGUACAAGUAUAUAAGGCAAUUGAUGUUUUUAUAUUCUUCUUACAGGAAUAAGCAAGGUAGGUCAAGAUUGUCAUGGAAGAAAUGUGAAACAUAUUCUAUUUAUAGAUUGAAGAGCUAGGCCUUGUAUACGUUUUAAAAUCCUGAUCUAGUUUCCCUACACUAUUACCUUUCAGGGUUGAACAACCUACAAAUUGUUUUAUUGAGGCCAAGAAAGAGGUAAUGAUGGAGGCAUUGGGAAAUAAUGGAUAAUUCUAUGUUCACAGACUUUGGUCAUGAAACUAAGCCGCAGCCUGCUCAUGUUGUCCUAGGCUUAUGCACCGCUCAUAGUUUCUGAACCAUAAUUCAUGUCUGACAUUUGGCAAACAGUGUUUGGUAUCAACAGGAUGCUUUUGCAUUUUACUCUUUAGAGGAUCUAGGUAGAUGCUGUUGCAUUUGUGUACUCUUUAGUGAGUUUAGGUAGAUGCUUUUGCAUUUGUGUUCUUUAUAGGAUCUGGAUAUGCACAAAGCACAUCCCAAUUUGGAAAGCACAGUGCAAUUCCAAAUGAUGGUUCCCUGGACAUUGAGUCAGGCACUAUAUAUAUGUCUGGUGAGCUAAGUUAGAUAAUUUGCAUGAGUUAGUUGAACCCUAUUAUUGUUCUGAUGUACCUUCUUCCACCACAUCCAUUCUCCCUCUGGCAGUUGAAGAACAUCGCAGCUACAGGAUCCCCUAGGUUGUAAACUGCUGCAAAAUCCCUUGUGCUGAAGUUUUGUCUCCAUCCAGGCGCAUAGAUGGAUUGGCGGACGGACUGCCGGAACAACACAAACACGAACCGGUGGAUUCCAGCGGUCGGCCGUGGACUCUCAUAGGAGACAAUUUCAUUGCCUAAAACACAAGAUCAGAAUUCAGAACAAUUUUUAUUGGUAAAAGAUGACAGAUUUAUACUCAGUGAGCUUGAUUCUUGGGCUUUGAAAUAUUUAUCUCUAACUUGCUCAGUAAGAAUUUUAGUUUUCGUCGACAGGUUUUGAAUGUUUAGUAUGUGAACUUACGAGGCAUGAAACAGCUAGUUAACAAAGUUGUCAUGAAGCUAAGGAAGCCGGAUAGCUUGACAAGAUAAUAUACCAGCAAUGCAUCGCAACCACAGAUCUGUUGCAAUUUUGAUUUAGCCAGAGGAGAUCAUGGGCAUGUUUCACUUCUGUUAAAUUCUUGGUCACUGAUCACCAAGUCUUUACCACGGACAGGUACUUUUAUUCCGAGAUUGAUAACAUGCUAAUUUCAACCGGUGGUCCAUUUAGUCACAAAUAAAUACUUUGCAUAUGAACAUUGUGUUUUCCGCAGAAAAAAAAUGUCUGAUUUAUGAGGUCUGCAUAUAAAUGCAUGUCUUGUAUGGAAAAAUUCAUGGUGGUUUGUUGUCACUCACCGUAAGUGGCGUUUGUUGUCUCUGGGAUGUCUGUCACCAACCUAUCUCAGACGACAAAGAAAAAAACAAAGGAUUACUAGCUGCUGCUAAUGUUCCUCAAUUGGAUGAAGAAGAAGGAAAAAAAGGGGGGGGGGAUUGCUUCCAGAUUUCUUGCAAGUUUAUCUUACCAGUGCAGGUACUCUCUCUUUGUUGGAUUGCUAGGGCUUGGUGCAUCAGGGUCCACCAUCACCUGUAAGACUAGUAUUCAAUGUUAGCAUCUGCAAGCUCUCUAAACCUUAUUUGACAUGAAGAAGAAGAAGAAGAAGAAGAAGAAGUAAUCAAUCAUCAUCAAUCCAAAUUCUUCUUUCUGCUAGUAGUGCAGCAUAGAAUCCUAAUUAUUAUUCUGAGUUAUCAAUUCCGAAGUCUAACUCUGACCAAAUUGGAUGUUAUUCUUUUAUCAUCUCA